GAGCGCUGGGAGGAAGGGGGGGGCCGAGGGGAGGGGAAGCUCUUGCUGGGCUGCGAGAGCUGCCGAAGAGACAGGGGAAACGCAGGCACGGGCUCUCCCGCUCUCCCCGCGGCGCCCGCCUCGUCCUGCCCUGCCACGCCACCCGCCUCGACACCCCGGCCACCAACGCCGGGCGGUUGGGGGUGCUGGGGUGGCCCACCCCCCUACCACCCCCCCCAGCUCCGGCCUGCCAUCCUGCCGGGAGCAGCCUGGGAGCGGGGGUCCAUGCGAGCCGGAGCAGGAGGGCUGACGGUGCCUCUUCUCCUCCCCGAGGUGACAUGGAGCAGCUGAAGUGACCCGAGGAGCCGUCGCAGUGAGUGGGGUCGCCGUCGACGGGAGCACCCGUGGGUGCCAGGGCGGGGACGCAGGGUCCCCCCGCGCAGCACAGCCCCCCUGGCAGCCUGGUCCCUGCCGGUGGCAGCGCCCAUUGGGACCCUGGUGUCCCCAUGUCACCGCACAAGCUGUGCCAGGGGGUGGCGGGACCCCACUCCUCCCAGCGCUGGCGCCGUGCCCAGGAUGGGCUGUGUGCACUGCAAAGAGAAGGGGUCCGGCAAAGGGCAGGCGGGGGGUGAGGUGGGGGCCCCCCCGCCCCCCGCCUCCCAGUACGACCCCGACCCCACGCAGCCGGGCGCCGCCUUCACCCGCAUCCCCGACUUCAACAACUUCCAGGGCGCGGGGGUGCCCUCGGCUCCAUCCUUCCCGGGGACGGGGGUCUUCGCCUCCAACACGCUGCAGAUGCGGAGCGGGGGCAUCACAGGCGGGGGUGUGACGCUCUUCAUCGCCCUGUAUGACUACGAGGCCAGGACGGAGGAUGACCUCACCUUCCAGAAAGGGGAGAAAUUCCACAUCAUCAACAACACGGAGGGUGACUGGUGGGAGGCCAGGUCGCUGAGCUCAGGCGCCACGGGCUACAUCCCCAGCAACUACGUGGCCCCCGUGGACUCUAUCCAGGCAGAAGAGUGGUACUUCGGGAAGAUCGGGCGCAAGGACGCAGAGCGACAGCUCCUGUGCCAUGGCAACUGCAGGGGCACCUUCCUCAUCCGGGAGAGCGAGACGACGAAAGGUGCCUACUCCCUCUCCAUCCGGGACUGGGAUGAGGCCAAGGGGGACCACGUGAAGCACUAUAAGAUUCGGAAACUGGACAACGGGGGCUACUACAUCACCACCCGCGCCCAGUUCGACACCGUCCAGCAGCUGGUCCAGCACUAUAUAGAGCGGGCGGCCGGGCUGUGCUGCCGCCUGGCCGUGCCGUGCCACAAGGGAACGCCCAAGCUGGCCGACCUCUCGGUCAAAACCAAAGACGUGUGGGAGAUCCCUCGCGAAUCCCUCCAGCUCCUCAAGAAACUGGGCAACGGGCAGUUCGGGGAAGUGUGGAUGGGCACGUGGAACGGCACCACGAAGGUGGCGGUGAAGACGCUGAAGCCGGGCACCAUGUCUCCCGAGGCUUUCCUGGAGGAGGCGCAGAUCAUGAAGCGUCUGCGGCACGACAAGCUGGUGCAGCUCUACGCCGUGGUGUCCGAGGAGCCCAUCUACAUCGUCACCGAGUUCAUGAGCCAGGGCAGCUUGCUGGAUUUCCUAAAGGACGGUGACGGCCGCUACCUGAAGCUGCCCCAGCUGGUGGACAUGGCUGCCCAGAUCGCGGCAGGCAUGGCCUACAUCGAGCGGAUGAACUACAUCCAUCGGGACCUGCGCGCUGCCAACAUCCUGGUGGGAGACAACCUGGUGUGCAAGAUCGCCGACUUCGGCCUCGCUCGCCUCAUCGAGGACAACGAGUACACGGCGCGCCAGGGUGCCAAGUUCCCCAUCAAGUGGACGGCCCCGGAGGCCGCGCUUUUUGGGAAGUUCACCAUCAAGUCGGACGUCUGGUCCUUCGGCAUCCUCCUGACCGAGCUGGUGACCAAAGGCCGGGUGCCCUACCCAGGGAUGAACAACCGGGAGGUGCUGGAGCAGGUGGAGCGGGGCUACCGCAUGCAGUGCCCGGGCAACUGCCCCCCGUCCCUGCACGAGGUGAUGGUGCAGUGCUGGAAGCGGGACCCCGAGGAACGUCCCACCUUCGAGUACCUCCAGUCCUUCCUCGAGGACUAUUUCACCGCCACCGAGCCCCAGUACCAGCCGGGGGACAACCAGUGACCCGGCGUUGGCACCCCCCCUAGCCGGGCUCUGGGGUGGCUUUUGGGCAAAUCUCCCUCUUUUUGCAGGGUGGUUGUUGCUCCUUUUGCCUGUGCCCCCCCCCUCCAACCUCAAAACGCCUGUCAGGGGGGGUGCUCGGGAUGCCCCGGGGAGGACGGGGGGCUUUGCACAAGGAUUUUGGACUCAGAGAGGGGGGAAAGCUGUGCCCCCCACCCCAGCCCCCUCUUCUGCCCCCCAGCCCCUCUCUUGUUGCCUUCACACCCUGAGAAGUGCUUUGGUUGGGGGGAGGAGGGUGGGGUACCCCACUGUGCCCCCCCCCCAAACACCCCUAGCCCCACAGCGUGGCGGGGCGGGGGGGGAACACACCUCCCCAUGUCAACCCCAGUCGCCUCUCCCCCAGCUCCUGGGGGGGCUCAGCCCCCAAAUUCCUGGCACCGACCUGGGGAAGGUCACCUCAACCCCCCCCCCCCCAACCCCCUUUAUAUCGUCUUUAAUUUAUAAGAUUUUAUACUCCUCACCCAGCAGCCGCCUCACCCCCCGGCAUCCCCGUAUUUGGGGGAUCUCCUUGCCCCCCCCCCUUUUAUUUCCUCUCCUUAUAGUAGAGCCAAAUCCUGAAAGCCAUAAACCUCCGCUUGCACUGGGGGGGGGGACAAGGGGUCCUGGGAGGGGACAAAUGCUCCUGGAGGGGACCAGGAGCCCAGGCUACGGGGGGGCUGUUUCCCGCUGGCCCCAUGCGGGGCAGGAGGGGGGGGUACAGGAUGGGCUCACCCCCAUGGCACCCGGGGGGGGGUCCCGGCUGCAUCUGGGCUCGAACCCCUGUUGCAGGCAUUAACGGGGGGUGGGGGGGGCACUGGGGGCGCAAUGUGAAUGUGAUGGCACUGGCGGGGGGUGGGGGGGUGUGCCACCCUGCCAGCUGGCUCCUGGGGGCCGGCUGCCCCCCCCGGGUACCCCCUUUCCUGCGGGGGGGGGAGGAUCCGCCUGUGGUCCCAGGCUUGGCCCCAUCCCCACUCCCCAUGGCCAAGAGCUCCCCUGCACCCGUGGGGCAGGGC